GCUACAGAACUAUCAUCUUUGCAUCUGCAGGCUAUCGACAUUCACAUCCACUUGAUUGUUUUAUUCCAGAUAUCAUUUCCAAGAAAACACCGUGACUUGAAAUCAUCUAUAAGAUCUAAACAGAAUGACACCCCGUCUUACCGUGUACUAUGGCCCAGUUUUUAACCCAAAAUCACUGACACACUUUGACACUAUCCCAAACUGCUUGAUCGCCGUUUCAGCCACAGGAAACAUAGAAUGGGUGGACCAACUCGAAAGCUCACUCGAUUCAAGUUCCAUACACGAAAGUGUGCUUAACAAAGGCUGUAAAGACUUCGACGUCGUACUCUUGGGAGCCGGAGAAUUUAUCAUUCCGGGCUUCAUCGAUACCCACACCCAUGCGCCUCAAUAUCCUGUCUUGGGAACUGGAUCCGAUAUGGAGCUCCUGACGUGGCUCACCAGCGUCACUUUCCCUGGGGAAGCGAAAUUCAAGGACACAAAUUUUGCACGUCGUGCUUAUCCCGAUGUAGUCCGGCGUGUGCUGGAUUGUGGUACUACAACAUGCUGUUAUUACGGCUCUUUGCAUCUGGAUGCUACCAAAGUACUGGCAGACGUCAUUCAUGAGAAAGGACAGCGCGCCUUCGUAGGGAAAUGUAACAUGGAUAAGGACUGUGCCACGUACUACAUCGAGCCCUCCGCGAACGAAUCGAUGGAGACCACCAAAGCCCUAUUCGAGCACAUCAAAGCUCUCGGCCCAUCUCCCUCGGGCGAAGAACUCCUCCGCCCAAUCCUCACCCCGCGCUUCGCCCUCUCCUGCUCAGACGAGCUCCUCCACAAGCUCUGCGAGUACGCAAACGCACACCCCAACCUCCCUAUCCAGACCCACAUCUCCGAAAACCCCAAGGAGGUCGAGGAGGUGUACAAAAGGUUCGGGAUGGCGUAUGCGGAGGUGUACGACGAGUUCGACCUGCUGCGCGGGAACACGAUCCUGGGGCAUGGCGUGCAUCUGACGCUGGACGAGGUGGAGCUGAUUGUGAAGAGGGAGGCGGGGGUCAGCCAUUGUCCGGUUAGCAACUUUAAUCUGAACAGCGGUGUGGCGAAGGUGGGGGAGUGGCUUGAUCAUGGUGUUAAGGUUGGAUUUGGGACGGACGUGUCGGGUGGUUAUUCCCCUUCGAUGCUCAAUGUUAUCCAACAAGCCAGCAUCGCUUCCAAGGUACUUGCUAUCCGAGCCAAGGAGGAAGAAAGCAAAUGUCAUCAUGAGCACGGGCAAGAUCACGCUCACGGACAUAGCCACGACCACGGUCACCACCACCACCAUCACUCCCAUCACCCCGCUCAUCCCAACACACAAUUCACCAACAAGCAACUGUCCAUCCCAACGCUGCUGUACCUCGCCACGCUUGGUGGCGCGCACGUCUGUUCCAUCCAGGACCGCGUAGGGUCGUUCGAGAAGGGUAAAGGGUUUGAUGCGCUCGUUGUCAGUGUCCAGGACGACACUGGCAAUCCAGGGCUUUGGGGGAUCAACCGUGUCAGGGACGAGGGCGUUGACUCGGGCCUGACGACGCAGGCUAACUCGAUGGAGGACGUGCUUAGGAGCUGGUUGGAGCAGUUCUUGUUCUGUGGUGAUGAUAGGAAUAUCAAGAGGGUGUAUGUGCAAGGAAGUAUUGUUGGUGGCCGGGAGUUCAAGGAGAAGUAGGGGAGCAGAGAGGCGAAGUGUUCAAUAUUUUUAAGAGUCAAACGUACUCUUCAUUGUAUACUAACGUACACAAAACGGUUGUAGCUCAAGUCGGAAGUAUACCUCAGUGGACCAUUGCUUGUAUUCAUGUUGUAACACUAAAAGGGAUGAUCUAUUAGACAAUAUACACAAUAUACACAGAUUCGAGCGGUA